GGCAGCGAGGGGCCGAGCACAGAGGUGCGGCCCUGGCCUUCCCUUCCCCCAGGCGCGGCAUGUUGCCCUGGCCCUUUCCACGGUGGGACGCCGGCGAGGAGCAGGCGCCUGAGGAACAGGGCCCCUCACCGUUCGGUGACCCCGGCAAGGUUUGGAACUCUGGAGAAAAAGCCCUGGGGGAACCAGGUACACCCCCACAGCACAGCCCUCAGUUCCGGUCCCCAAGGCCUUCCUGGACCCGGACCCGGACCCGGAGAGAACAGCUGCGGGCCGCGCCCCGCUCAGGCCGGGUAGCUGAGCAGUACCCAGGAACCCCAGUUCCCUUUUCUCCCCAGAGGGCCUGGGGGAUGGCCCCGUCAAGAAUGACCCUGCUGGCACCAUGGGACCCCAACUAUGAGGCUAAAGCUGGUUCUCAGCUGGUGUGGGGACCCAGCUGUGCUUCCGGUGCCUCUUUCUCAAGCCGGACUUUGUGUCAUCCCUCCUUCUGGCCGCUGUAUGAGGCAGCCGCAGGCAGGGACCGCAGACGCCUGACUCCUGCAGCAGUCCAUCAGAAUGGAUUCCCGGUGAUGUGCCGUGAAGAUGUCUUUCUUUCAGACCCUCUGCUGCCCCCUGGGCAGCGUGUUCCCCUGUACCUGUCCGAAACCCCUCAGCAGGUGAUGGGCUCUCUGAAGCUGCUGCUCCCACCCCCUAUCAUGUCCCCCCAGGUCUGCCCCGCCCGGUCCCCUGGCUGCUGCACCACCUGGCUCAGUGGGCCUGAGCUGAUUGCCCUCACUGGCCUCCUGCAGAUGAGCCAGGGGGAGCCAAGACCUAGCUCCUCCUCAGGUUCCUCGGCAGUUCCCACCCCCCCUUCUGGUCCCCUAGACCCUGUCUCUGAUCACGCAGGCCCCAGUGGUUCUCACUGCACUGACCCAUCUCUCCCACAGACCCCAGAAACCAAUUGUCCAUAGCACCUCUGGGGGUACCCUGGGCGCCCUACUCCCUCAGGCAGUUCUGUUGUCAAUAAAUG